AGCGGUAGACUAGAGUACGUACCUAGCGGUAGACUAGAGUGCGUACCUAGCGGUAGACUAGAGUGCGUGCCUAGCGGUAGACUAGAGUGCGUGCCUAGCGGUAGACUAGAGUACGUACCUAGCGGUAGACUAGAGUGCGUGCCUAGCGGUAGACUAGAGUGCGUACCUAGCGGUAGACUAGAGUGCGUGCCUAGCGGUAGACUAGAGUGCGUGCCUAGCGGUAGACUAGAGUGUAUACCUAGCGGUAGACUAGAGUACGUGCCUAGCGGUAGACUAGAGUACGUGCCGCGGUAG